AUGCCUACUAUAUGGACAGAACGCGAAGGCAACGGAUUUGCCAUAAACGGACACGAUAUCUGUGCGCUUGUGACGGAGACAAAGGUGAAAGCUUUGAUUUUUGCUGUUAACUAUGAUAUUUCGACAGCGUGUGAUAUAGCCUUGUCGUUACCCUAG